AUUCCGGUUUCAUAUUUAUAUAUCUGGUAGAAAGAGAGGGAGGGGAGGGGGAGAAAGAGAGAGAAUGGAAAGGACGGAAAUGCCGCCAUAUCGAGCGGCAAGUCUGAUUCCGUCAUCGACUACUCUCGACAAAACUACGUCCAUAUACUCCAUAUCCAUCGAUAUCACCGUCCUUUGAUGCGUCGUGCUCGGCAACGCGCUGGAUACCGGUAAUUCGGACGGCGCGUAAAUUACCGCGGGCACGAUGAAAGAUGAUUAGUGCGUGUCGAGAGGCGCGUCAGUGAUGCCCGGUCUAGAAGGAAGUAUUUCACACGACACGAGUUCACCUCCUACGCGCGCCCUAAUGUCCGAUGGGGAUCAUACGGUGCCCGAGCAAGUGAAAAGGUUCGUAUUCAGAUCACGAAAGGCGCAGGGCUGCGCGCAAGACAACGAGCACGAGGAGAGCUUGGAGAUCCUUAUACCUGAGUUGCUGCAGGCUAAUUACAGUUUUAAUACUUGGCCCUGUGCACCUGUGCUUGCCUGGUAUCUCUGGGAACACAGAGAAAACUUGGUUGGCAAGCGGGUUCUAGAAAUUGGAGCCGGAACUUCACUCCCUGGUAUUCUCGCUAGCAAGUGCGGCGCGAUUGUGACCUUGAGCGACUCUGCAAGUCAACCAAGAACUCUGCAGCAUAUCAAGAGGUGUUGCGAGUUGAACGGGAUCGCAGAUCAAGUCCAAAUCGUUGGCAUCACCUGGGGUUUAUUCUUAUCCAAUUUAUUCUCGCUUGGACAUUUGGACCUGAUCAUUGGUUCAGACUGUUUCUACGAGCCUACUGUGUUCGAGGACAUAGUGGUUAUUGUGGCAUUUUUACUGGAGAAAAAUCCCUGCGCGAGAUUUCUCUGUACUUAUCAGGAGCGCAGUGCCGAUUGGUCUAUAGAGCAUCUGCUAAACAAGUGGGGACUGACGUGUAUGCAUAUAGCGUUGGACAAUCUUGGUACAAAUUCUGAUAUUAACUUGCAUGAAUUGAUGCAAGAUCAUACGAUACAUUUAUUAGAUAUACAACGAACGGUAUAAACAAAUCAAUCUCUUUCUCUUAUCAUGAUUGUCGGGAAAUACAUGAUUAAUAUCACCAAUAUUCCUUGGACAGUGGGUCGAC